UCAGCUCCGCUCCAGGAAGGCCACCUCCUCCCUGCCCUCCUCCUCCCCCACCCCUCCUGCUGUCACCACUCACCGUUCACAGCCUCGAGGGGGUGGGGACCCCAGGGCUGGACACACCACACCAGGGCCCCAGAGCCCAGCUGGUCGGACGGUCGCACGGUCGGACGCAGGACCCCAGAGCCCCGAGGUGGGCAGUGUGCCAGGGUCCCUCACAGCUUCCUCAAGCCCCAUCCAGGCUAUGGGCAUCAAGACAGCCUUGCCCGCGGCAGAGCUGGGCCUGUACUCCCUGGUGCUGAGCGGGGCCCUAGCCUAUGCUGGCCGGGGCCUCCUUGAGGCUUCACAAGGUGGGGCCCACAGGAGAGCCUUCCGGGAGUCUGUGCGACCCGGCUGGGAGUACAUUGGCCGGAAGAUGGACGUGGCUGACUUCGAGUGGGUGAUGUGGUUCACCUCCUUCCGCAACGCCAUCAUCUUCGCUCUCUCCGGACACGUGCUGUUUGCUAAACUCUGCACUAUGGUUGCCCCCCAGCUCCGCUCCUGGAUGUACGCUGCGUACGGGGCCCUGGCGGUGGUGGGCACGAUGGGCCCUUGGUACCUGCUGCUGCUGCUUGGCCACUGCGUGGGCCUCUAUGUUGUCUCACUCUUGCGCCAGCCCUGGCUCUGUCUCGGCCUCGGCCUGGCCAGCCUUGCCUCUUUCAAGCUGGACCCCCUCAUCUCCUGGCAGAGCGGGUUUGUAACAGGGACUUUUGAUCUUCAAGAGGUGCUGUUUCACGGGGGCAGCGGUUUCACGGUGCUGCGUUGUACCAGCUUUGCGCUGGAGAGCUGUGCCCACCCUGACCGCCGCUACUCCCUAGCUGACCUGCUCAAGUACAAUUUCUACCUGCCCUUCUUCUUCUUCGGGCCCAUUAUGACCUUUGAUCGCUUCCACGCUCAGGUGAGCCAGGUGGAGCCGGCGCGGCGAGAGGGCGAGCUGUGGCGCAUCCGGGCCCAGGCGGGCCUCAGCGUGGUAGCCAUCGUGGCCGUGGACAUCUUCUUCCACUUCUUCUACAUCCUCACCAUCCCCAGUGACCUCAAGUUCGCCAGCCGCCUCCCGGACAGCGCCCUCGCUGGCCUAGCCUACUCAAACCUGGUGUACGACUGGGUGAAGGCGGCCGUCCUCUUCGGCGUUGUCAACACCGUGGCGCGCCUCGACCACUUGGACCCGCCCCGGCCUCCCAAGUGCAUCACAGCGCUCUACGUCUUCGCGGAGACGCACUUUGACCGUGGCAUCAACGACUGGCUUUGCAGGUACGUCUAUGACCACGUUGGUGGGGAGCACUCUGCAGUGAUCCCAGAGCUGGGGGCCACUGUGGCCACAUUUGCCAUCACCACUCUGUGGCUCGGACCUUGUGAUACUGUCUACUUGUGGUCAUGCCUUAACUGCUUUGGCCUCAACUUUGAGCUCUGGGUACAGAAGCUGGCAGAGUGGGGGCCCCUGGCACGAAUUGAGGCCUCUCUGUCGGAGCAGAUGUCCCGCAGGGUCCGAGCCAUCUUUGGGGCCAUGAACUUCUGGGCCAUCAUCAUGUACAACCUUGUAAGCUUGAACAGCUUUGAGUUCACAGAGCUGGUCGCCCAGCGCCUGCUACUCUCAGGGUUCCCCCAGACCACACUGGCCGUCCUGUUUGUCACCUACUGUGGUGUCCAGCUGGUGAAGGAGCGAGAGCGAACCCUGACGCUGGAGGAGCAGAAGCAGGACAAAGAGAAGCCCGAGUAGGGGAGAGGGGGAGAGGGGAGAGGGAUGGGCUCCGCUCAGCUAUUCCUGGGAGGGGCCUGACUGAUAGAAUAAAAGACUUUUCUACCACAGUUUGGCUCUUCCCUGCCCCUUGCUCCAGCAGUCUCCUGGCUCCCUGUCCGGGCUGGAUGAGGAGCUGGAGGUUCAGGGAGGGGGCUCAAGCUCUUGGCGCAAACAGAACGUGUAGGAGAAACACGUGGAGGGCAGAGACCACCGACCUUGGCAGCCCAGCAGCUGAACACGGAAGCCCCAGGUCUUCAAAGCACCUGGUCGCUGACGCUUGGAGCACUUGAUCCCAGACCCCGAGCUGCUUGCUCGGAAGGC